AUGGUCGGACUCAUUGUCACAGCUCUUGUAUUGGUUCUGGCAAUAAUCAUUGGUCUCCUUAUUUAUUUUUUAGCAUACGAUCAGAGCUCUCACUAUUAUCAAGCUUCCUUCCAAAUCCCCAGUAUGGAAUAUGAUCCUGAGUUUUCUGUAGAACACUCAAAAGCUAGUCGUGACUUGAAAGAAAAAAUUAACACUGAGAUAGAUCAGGUAUUUCAAAGAUCCAUUUUAAGCCAACACUACAUCAAGUCCCAUGUUGUCAACUUUAGGCCAACUAAUAGAGGCUUGGAAGCAAAUGUAUUGAUUACAUUUCAAUUUCCAUCUACCAGAGUGGACACUAUGAAAUGGCAAGCUGAUAAUAUUUUACAUGAGAAUUUUAAAUCGAGCAAGAGCUUCUUGAAGAUAGACAUUUCAUUACCUCACCUUAGAGAAAUGCAUGAAGCACAAGCGAAGCACAUUCUAAACAGCUGCUGCGGUUUGGGAAUGGAGUACCCACCCGUGGAAAGAAUUGCCGGUGGCAAAACUGCAGCUCAAGCGGCCUGGCCGUGGCAAGCCAGCCUUCAGAUGGACGGCAGUCACUGGUGCGGGGCCUCGCUCAUCAGCCAGGACUGGCUCGUGACCGCUGCUCACUGUUUUGACAAUUCCAAAAAUCCCAAACUAUGGACGGUCAGUUUUGGAGCAACCCUCAGAUCCCCACUGAUGAGAAGGAAAGUGGAUUCCAUUAUCAUUCAUGAAAACUACGCGGCCCACAAGCAUGACGACGACAUCGCUGUGGUGAGACUCUCCACACCAGUCCCCUUUUCUGAAGAGGUGCAUACAGUCUGCCUCCCAGAUGCCACUUUGGAGGUCUCACCUAAGAGCAAAGUGUUUGUCACUGGAUGGGGGGCAUCAAAAGUAAAUGGUCCUUUUCCCAAUACUCUACGCCAAGUUCAAGUAGAAAUCAUCAGUAACGAUAUAUGUAAUCACGUUAAUGUAUAUGGUGGUGCUGUGUCAUCAGGAAUGAUAUGUGCUGGGUUCUUGACAGGGAAACAUGAUGCUUGUGAGGGUGACUCCGGAGGACCUCUGGUUAUUACGCUUGAUAGAAAUAUCUGGUAUCUUAUUGGGAUAGUAAGCUGGGGUAUAGGCUGUGGAAAAGAAAACAAGCCUGGACUUUAUACCAGAGUGACUCAUUAUCGGGACUGGAUUAAGUCGAAAACUAACAUCUGAUGUGUCAACUACC